AUGGCCACAGACUCAUGGGCCUUGGCGGUGGACGAACAGGAAGCAGCAGCCGAGUCGUUGAGCAACUUGCAUCUUAAGGAAGAGAAAAUCAAACCAGAUGCCAAUGGUGCUGUUGUCAAGACCAAUGCUAACACAGAGAAGACAGAUGAAGAAGAAAAAGAGGACAGAGCUGCCCAGUCCUUACUCAACAAGCUGAUCAGAAGCAACCUGGUGGAUAACACAAACCAGGUGGAAGUCCUGCAGCGGGAUCCAAAUUCUCCCCUCUACUCUGUGAAGUCUUUCGAAGAGCUCCGGCUGAAACCACAGCUUCUCCAGGGAGUCUAUGCCAUGGGCUUCAACCGCCCUUCCAAGAUACAAGAGAAUGCUCUGCCGCUGAUGCUCGCUGAACCCCCACAGAACUUGAUUGCCCAGUCUCAGUCAGGUACUGGGAAAACAGCUGCCUUUGUGUUGGCCAUGCUCAGCCAAGUAGAACCCACAAACAGAUACCCCCAGUGUUUGUGCCUCUCCCCGACAUAUGAACUCGCCCUUCAAACAGGAAAAGUGAUUGAGCAGAUGGGCAAGUUUUACCCGGAACUGAAGCUAGCCUAUGCUGUUCGAGGCAAUAAAUUGGAAAGAGGUCACAAAAUUGGCGAGCAGAUUGUCAUUGGCACUCCUGGGACUGUGCUGGACUGGUGCUCCAAGCUCAAGUUCAUCGACCCCAAGAAGAUCAAGGUGUUUGUUCUGGAUGAGGCUGACGUGAUGAUAGCUACUCAGGGCCACCAAGAUCAGAGCAUCCGUAUCCAGAGGAUGCUACCCAGGAACUGCCAGAUGCUUCUCUUCUCGGCCACCUUCGAAGACUCCGUGUGGAAGUUUGCCCAGAAAGUGGUCCCAGACCCAAACAUUAUCAAACUAAAGCGCGAGGAGGAGACCUUGGACACCAUCAAGCAAUAUUACGUCCUGUGCACUAACAGAGAUGAGAAGUUCCAGGCCUUGUGUAACCUCUACGGGGCCAUCACCAUUGCCCAAGCCAUGAUCUUCUGCCACACACGCAAGACAGCCAGCUGGCUGGCAGCAGAGCUCUCCAAAGAAGGCCACCAGGUGGCUCUGCUGAGUGGCGAAAUGGUGGUGGAGCAGAGAGCUGCUGUAAUUGAGCGCUUCCGAGAGGGCAAAGAGAAGGUUCUGGUGACCACCAACGUGUGUGCUCGCGGUAUUGAUGUGGAACAAGUGUCUGUCGUCAUCAACUUUGACCUUCCCGUGGACAAGGAUGGAAACCCAGACAAUGAGACUUACCUGCACCGGAUCGGGCGCACCGGCCGCUUUGGCAAGAGGGGCCUGGCCGUGAACAUGGUGGACAGCAAACACAGCAUGAACAUCCUCAACAGGAUCCAGGAGCAUUUUAAUAAGAAUAUAGAAAGACUGGACACGGACGACUUGGAUGAGAUUGAGAAAAUCGCCAACUGAGAAACUCCCCAAGGACCAGUAUUCCCUGUUGGCGCUCCCCGCAUGGGAGACAGUGCUUUCCCGGCACAGACCCGCAGCCACCAGAGACGAAGGCGCGAGUAGAAUAAGCUACCUACCUCAUUUCAAUUACGUUUGGACCUGACAAAAAAAAAAUGUGCGAAUGAUGGGGGAAGGUAGAAAAAAAAUUGUUUACACAACUUUUCAAGAUUAGGCGUGAAUACACAGAAAUUUACCUUUUGGAAAUU